UUUGAAUCGGGACAUGGUGCCGAUCGAAGCACUUGCCAGCGCAGCGACGACGUCACAUGCAAGAGAACGCCUUGGAGGCAUCUACUGUGUCCCUGCUGAGUGCACGGCACAUUGUCGGAUUGGGCGAGAACGACCACACUGAUGCCCCGUCACAAACCAAACCAGGCGAGGUGUGUGAAGCUGGUUCAAGUGGCGACGGCAGACCCCGACCAAAACCGACUCGCCACGGUCAACAUCUUCCUGUUGGACCGCAUUCGGAGGUCAUUGAAGUCAUUGAGCUCAGUGAAUGGAUGGUCAGGGACGGAGAAUCGCUGGAGAAAGGGCGGGCAGUUCGCCAGCAAAUACGGACGGGUACACGCAGGACGUGAGGAGUUCAUUCUGGUUGAUCUUCACGCUGCGGAUCAGCACCUUUCCUGUUGAAUGGUAGCUCUGCCAGUCGAGUGCUUGACGUUGAUCGACACAGCAGACUACUCAGUGACCGAUGUUGGCAACCAAACGACCGGGCGACGUCUAUGUACCUUGCACAGAGUCUGGGUUAUCGGGUCCAACAGCUUCGUCACGUGCUUCGUAGUGUAGUGUAGUGUAGUUAUGCCUCCAUUUUUGCAACAGGAC